UAUCGUCCACUCAACAUGGAGGCACUGAUAUUGUUUUGGUCGAAUGAGCUGUGGAAGUAAACGAGAGAGUUGUGUAAAUGCCUUGACGAACUGGUCUGUUGUUAUAACACUAAUAACCGUGUCAUUAGCGUCAGGAAUGAGUAUGCUCUCGUAUGUCCACUGUUCACCUGCACUUAGCGUCGCUGUGGUAAUUGAGGUUUAGCAGGUUAUUGUAAGCUGUGUGCGGCAGCUGACACGCAUGGAGCCCGCACAUAUCACCGGUGUUUACGGAGAGGUCAGUGGUCUCCCUGCUCCUGUUUCUGCAUAUGUGAGGGAGGAGCAGCUCCCAGGGCUCCAGGUCUACACUGUGACGACAGUGUGGAGACAAAGUGACCUGGUCCAAGGGUCCAGACUUAACUUCUCCAAGCAGUGGACUUUGAUUGCAGAGGGCAAUGACUGCAAGAGCAUUAAGACUGUCCUCCCUCCUGGACCUUCCACUCCUAUGUCCAGAGAGUUUCUGAGUAGAUUUUCUCCCAUUCAAGGCCAGAAGGCGGUUGUCAAGGAGACCUGUGGCUAUCAGUUCCUGGAGAUAUGGGACUGCCAUGGCCUCAGGAGAUGCCUCAACCUGACUGCCCUCAACAAACAUGGCCGUGUAUAUGACGACGCUCAGUUUGGCUGUCUGUCAUGGUCAGAGUGUGAGAACAAACUGCUGUAUGUAGCUGAGAAGUGCAAGGAUACGUCAGAUGAAAAAUCUGCCUGCGGCAUGGACUCAAGUGUGUACCACGAGGACUGGGGUGAGGCUUUGACCAACAAGAGCUGCCCAGUGAUUUGUGUGGCGAAUCCUCAGGCUGGCACGGUCAGUGUGCUGCAGGGCGUUCAGUCCGACAUCUCACCUGGACAGGCUUUGUGGGCUCCCGGGAGUCAGUCUGUGUUUUUCGUCGGGUGGUACCAUGAACCGUUCAGACUCGGACUGAUGUUUUGUUCCAACCGCAGAUCGGCAUUGUUCAAGCUAGAUCUGGAUGGACACUGUGAGUGUCUGUCAGAGAACGACAGGUCAGUGUCCUGUCCUAGGCUGAGUCCAGACGGGUCCACGUUGAUCUACCUGCAGGGCCAAGUGUUUGGUCCGCACAAUCAGUGUCUCAGUCUCAAACAGCUGGACCUGAGGAGUGGGAAGACGUCCACACUAUUGGAUGUUGUCAACAGACCACAGCAUGAUGCGUUUGCAGGUGUUUAUGAGGCUCUUCCUUCCUGCUGCUGGUCUGCAGACAGUCAGAGAGUGUUGUUCAGCAGUGCCCGCAGGAACUGGAAGGAUCUGUUUAUGGUUGACAGAAGAUCAAAGAAAGUCACUUCCCUCUCUGAUAAUUCCCUUCCUGAUCAUCCUCUCCCUCCUCCUCCUCCUCCUCCUCCUGCUCCUCCUUUAUAUUCUGAUCAUCAGGAGCACACGCAUGAACUUAAAGGUCCAUCUUAUCUUUCCAAAAUCUAUGGCAGCUGGAAGCUGCUGACAGUCCAGGGGGACCUGAUGGUUGUCUGCUGCUCCAGCCCCAAUAUACCACCCACUCUGAUGGUGGGUUUCCUUCCCUCAGCAGGUGGACCGGUGUCCUGGCGAACCCUGCAGCAGCCUCCUCUGACCUUUGACUUCGACUGGACUAGUCUAGAUGUUACACCUCCACCUGAGGAGGACAACAUCCACUACUCUGGUCUGGACUUUGGCGCUGUCCUGGUUAAACCGUCUUGUUCCCUCCAUGUGUCCAGUGUCCCUCUGGUCGUUUUCAUUCACGGUGGCCCUCACUCACAGUUCCCUGCAGAGUGGAACUGCACCACAGCUGGACUGACUAAACUUGGCUUUGCUGUGCUCAUGGUUAACUACCGGGGAUCCACAGGUUAUGGCCAAGACAGCAUUCUAUCCCUGAUUGGUCAGAUUGGAAGCCAGGAUGUAAAAGACGUCCAGAGGGCUGUGCUAACUGCACUGGAGAGCGACCGCACCCUUAACCCCAAACGCCUGGCCGUUAUCGGUGGUUCACACGGGGGCUUCCUGUCCUGUCAUCUGGUCGGUCAAUACCCCGAGCACUACAGAGUGUGUGCAGCCAGGAACCCUGUCAUUAACGCUGCCACUUUAUUGGGAACCAGCGACAUUGUGGACUGGCGUUACACCAGUGUGGGCCUUCAGUACUCAUAUGACCAGUUACCCACUGCUGAAGCUCUGGCUGUUAUGUUGGACAAGUCACCCAUCAAACACGCUGCUCAGAUUAAGGCUCCAGUGCUGCUGAUGUUGGGAGGCAGAGACAGGCGAGUGUCACCUUACCAGGGUCUGGAGCUUUAUAAAGCACUGAAGAGCAGAGGUUCACCUGCCAGACUGUUGUGGUUUGCAGAGGACGGACAUUCACUGUCCAGAGUGGACACACAGGCCAACUGCUUCCUCAACACAGUGCUGUGGCUGCACCAGUAUCUCUGAACACAAAGUUACCUAAUUUUGUAAAAUAAAAAUCCGGAGCAUUAAAUAAAAUUCAAUGUAUA